AUGCCCAUACUCACCAUCAAUAAUAACAAACAGAAGUGUCAGACACACUUACAUAUUGGUAGUUGGCAUCAUGCCAAAUAUCCCGUCCAAUGGUUUGCCGCUGGUUGCCUAGCCCCACCUUUCCUUGUCCUAACAUCAGCUCAGGAACAAACAAAAGCCUGGGGUUCGAGUUCUCAACUCGAAUUCAUCCAGCGAUUCUUCUCCACACCUUGCACUUACAUCUUUCGCAUCAAAGAGUACAGCCCACGAAUAAAAAACAUGGCGAUCGAUAAAAUUGUUACCGACCCAAGGCUUUGCGCAGUCUUGCAGAUUUCUGACCAGGCACGCGACCAGGCUGGCGCACUCCUUAGUCUGGGUGAACAAGCAUACAGUGAAGGUCCUCCAUCAGCCGAAGCGCAAGCUGAAUUCGCCAAGCAGCAAAAGCUCCUUUUCACGACCGUGGCGCAUCUGAAAGGACUGCACCGAAACGUUUGUUUCUCCGCCCGUGAGACCAAGUCCCAGACUGCCGAGUCGCGUCAAGAAGUCGACCGCCUGCAUCUUCAGCUUCAGAACCUGUAUUACGAACAACGACACCUCCAAGGAGAGAUUACCGCAUGCGAAUCUUACGAUCACAAGUAUCAACAAUUACCUCUCAUCCCUGUCGAGGAAUUCCUUGCCCAACACCCCGAACACGAGAAUGAUGACGAGAAUACCUUGAUGGUCGCGCGCAUAGAUCACGAACGGUCUGAGCGUGAGGCUCUGGAGCAACAGAGACAGGAGCUGCUUAAGCGGAAGCAAAAGCUGAUUGCGGACAACAAAAGAAGGAAGGAUGACCUUGCCAACUUGGAUAAUGACUUGGAAAAGUUCAUUGAUGCUGCCAAACCGAUUCAGAAGCUGUUUGAAAAGGCACCCUGAAUAAUGACUUUCUUGGAGGACAGGCAAAAUUAUGGUGGUUUACACCGAGCGUGUGCUUUUGAGCCAGUCUUGAGCUGACAUCACGACGUUAGGGGAAACGCCUAGGUGUUGGACGUUAACGCUCAGAUUUCAACCUUGAUCGAAAUCACUGCAGAAUUACAGGCUGGCGUACGGCGUUU